CCCCGGGGCGGGCGGCUCCGCCGGGGCGUUGAGGGGACGAGGCCACCAGCCCACGCGGGACUGUGGGAGGGUGGCGGGGCGGGCGCGGGGCAGCGGCGGACAAAGCCGGCCCGGCGCCACCUCAGGCUCCCGCCCCGACAUACCCCCGCGGGCUUCUCCGCGGCUUCCCCGGGCAGGCGCCUGACUCCCCGAGGGAGGGCGGGAGGUGUCGCCCCUCACCCUCGCCAGGGCGCCGCGCCUCCGGCGGCCGCGGUGGCGCUGCCGAGCAGAGCCGGGCGCUGGGCGCCGAGCGCCGGCCGCCUGCCCGCCCGCACCCCCUCCCCGGCCGGCUGGCUGGCUGGCUGCGCGCACGGCGAACAUGGCGGCGGCGGUGGGGCGGGACACUCUACCUGAGCACUGGUCCUACGGCGUCUGCAAGGACGGGCGAGUCUUCUUCAUCGACGACCUGACCCGCACCACCACUUGGCUGCACCCUCGCACCGGGGAGCCCGUCAACUCCGGCCACAUGAUCCGCUCAGACCUGCCCCGCGGAUGGGAGGAGGGCUUCUCGGAGGAGGGCGCCAGCUACUUCAUCGACCAUAAUCAGCAGACCACGUCAUUUAGACAUCCUGUGACAGGACAGGUUUCUCCAGAAAAUAUUGAAUUUAUUUUGCGAGAAGAACAGAAUUCAUCUAUGUCCAAGCAAGAAAUAAACCAAAGACCUUCAAGCAUGGUCAGUGAAACAUCCACUGCAGUAACUACAUCCGCCGUUGAUACAAAACCUGUCUCUAAGAUUGUGAAGGCUGGAAACAAAGUUCAUAGCUUUGGAAAGAGGGAACAAGCUAUCAGGAGGAAUCCCAAUGUUCCUGUUAUAGUAAGAGGCUGGCUACACAAACAGGAUAGCUCUGGAAUGCGACUGUGGAAAAGACGAUGGUUUGUGCUUGCUGAUUAUUGUUUGUUUUACUACAAAGACAGCAGAGAAGAAUCUGUUUUGGGGAGCAUACCAUUGCCUAGUUACGUAAUAUCUCCAGUUGGACCUGAAGAUCGCAUAAAUCGGAAAUUUUCUUUUAAGGCAGUUCAUACAGGUAUGCGGGCAUAUAUUUAUAAUAAGAAUUCUGUUAUUGGCUCUCAGGCAGAGCAUUCAGGGAUGCGGACAUACUACUUCAGUGCAGAUACCCAAGAGGAUAUGAAUGGCUGGAUCCGGGCUAUGAAUCAAGCUGCUCUUAUGCAAACACGCUCUUCACUGAAGAGAGAAACUGAAAAAGUGGAUCAGCAAGCUGUUCCCCAAGUCAAUCAUGUGGAUGCCUGUAAAGAGUGUGUGAAGGCAGAGAUUACAGAUGCAAAAGAAAGUUAUCAAAAAUCAGGUGAAAUGCUUGGAUAUGAUAAGCGUGAAGAGAUAAGAAGAGAAAAAGAGGAGGAGGAGCGUUAUAUCCACAGAAAGGAAACUCUGGAAACUAAGAAGGGAAAGGCUAAGCAUGCGUUAACAGAAGCUGAUUCAUUAUUUCCAGACUUAACGAAUGCACCACGGUCCCAAGUAGCUCAACCUCAGCCAGCUGAGAAGAAUGGAACGCUUCCUAGUUCAUUAAGUAUGAGUGCUGGCCUAGCGGAGCAGAAUGGUACCAGCUCAUAUAAAAGAGGGUUUGUUCCCAGAACAAAUCCAGAUAAACAGAUUCAAAGAAAAAGUAACAUGGCUCAAGUGGAGCACUGGGUAAAAGUCCAAAAAGGAGAUACAAAAAGCCUCACUUCUGAUCAGACUCUUACACGUCAGGGUCCCAAUCCACCUUUUCCUGAAAACUAUCACACUUUGCCAAAGAAUACCAGGCAGCCUUCAGGGAGCUCACCACCACCACCAAACCGCAAUUUGCCGAGUGACUACAAAUAUGCACAAGACCGCGUUAGCCACUUGAAGAUGUCCCAGGAGGAAAGGAAAGCGAAUAAAGAUGGAACUGUUUGGCAGCUCUAUGAGUGGCAGCAGAGACAGCAAUUUAAACAUGGCAGCCCCACUGCCCCACUUUAUGUAGGUUCUUCAGACUUUAUUGAUCGUGGUAAGUCAAAAAGUUCAUUAGAUGUUCCACGAUCAAUAUCUGUUCCGCCCUCUCCAUCUGAUAUUCCUCCACCUGGACCUCCAAAAAACUUUCCCCCAAGGAGACCACAUACUCCUGCAGAAAGGCUUACAGUUAAACCGUCUGAUGAGAGACAGACUGUAGAUGUUCCUUUUGCUGGAUCACCCAGGAAGAUACGAAAUCAUGCUGUAAAGAGCUCAACUCACAUUGAUCGGCGCUCCAUGCCUGCCAUGGGCUACAUGACACAUACUGUCAGCGCACCCAGUUUGCAUGGCAAGUCGGCAGAUGACACUUAUAUCCAGUUGAAAAAGGAUUUGGAAUAUUUGGAUCUAAAGGUGACGGGGCGUGACACGUUAAAAGAACGAAGUACAAAACCUGUCAAGAUUGCAGAAAGUGAUAUUGAUGUGAAGCUAAGUGUUUUCUGUGAGCAGGACAGAAUUCUGCAGGACUUGGAGGACAAAAUAAGAGCCCUUAAGGAAAAUAAAGAUCAGCUGGAGUCUGUUUUGGAGGUUUUACACAGGCAGAUGGAGCAGUACAAAGACCAACCACAACACGCUGAAAAAAUUUCUUACCAGCAGAGGCUUUUGCAAGAGGAUCUCAUACAUAUUCGGGCUGAAAUAUCCAAAGUUUCAACGGAAAUGGAAAAUGCCUGGAAUGAAUAUCUGAAAUUAGAAAAGGAUGUGAACCAGCUGAAAAAAGCCUUACAGGAACAGAUGACUAGUUCAUUGGUAUCUCAGGAGAAAACACAAAUACAAAAAGACUUGUGGAGAAUUGAAGAUGUUACAGCUGGCUUGAGUGCAAAUAAAGCAAACUACAAAACUAUAGUAGACUCUAUCAAGAAUCCAGAGAGAAAAAUAGUGCCUUCAUUUUCUCAGUCUUCAGUGCCUUCCUUACCAGCUUCCCUCGCAACUGCAGAGAGCAAACUUUCAGUUCCUCAGAGCCCUCCAUCCAGUCCGGUUAAAUCCUCUCUGGAGGUUCGGCUGUAUCCACAGCCUUAUUUCCAGGCCAGAACACAGCACCAAGCACAGCAGCUGAAAAAAAUCGAGCCGCCUCUUCAGUCACCAGUUAAGCUAAAGCCAAAGGUUGAAGAUGAAGCACCGCCCAGACCUCCUCUCCCUCAGUUGUACAGUCCUGAUGAUCAGCCACCAGCUGUUCCACCUCUCCCGAGAGAAGCCACUGUCAUCAGACACACAUCAGUGCGGGGCCUGAAACGUCAGUCAGAUGAAAGAAAGAGAGACAGAGAACUCGGACAGUAUGUAAAUGGAGAUUAUAGGGUGGAACUGCGUUCAUACAUGAGUGAACCAGAACUAGCAAUGAUAGGUGGUGACCUCAGCCAACCUUCCAGUGGUUUAAUAAGCUCCAACAGUGGAUACCAGACAUUACCUACCCGUGGUUUAUCUGGAUCGACUUCCAGAUUGCACCAAUCAUCUACCAUUUCAUCAUAUGCAACACUUCGAAGGGAUAGGUCCAAGGAGAGACCAAAGAGUGCCUUGGAACGUUUAUACUCUGGAGACCACCAAAGAGGCAAGAUGAGUGCAGAGGAACAACUAGAAAGAAUGAAGCGACAUCAGAAGGCAUUAGUUCGUGAACGCAAGAGAACUCUUAGCCAAGGAGAAAGGCAGUCUGUUCCAUCUCGGUCUUUCAUCAGGCCCAUUUCUGCAGACAUAGGCUCAUGGAAACGAGAGCAAGAAUUUGAUUUGCAGUUACUUGAGAGGGCAAUUCGUGGAGAAGACAAGGAUGAAAAUGAAUGGUUAAAAGUUCAGCCAGUAGCAGUGACAGAGACCGACCUGGAGCCUCAAGACUAUGAUUUAGAUAUCAGCAGAGAGUUGUCAAAACCCAAGAAGGUUGCAAUUCCAGAACGCUAUGUUGAACUGGAGCCAGAAGAGCCUCUUUCUACAGAAGAACUGGCAGCAAGGCAGCGCAAAGCAGAAAAGAUAAAGAAUAUUCUUACUAAAUCAAGUAUGCACAAUCUACAGCCUACUGUUGCCCAGGACAAACACAACUCGGUUGAUUUAGAUUCACAGCUGCAAGAGCAGGAGCGCAUCAUUACCAUAUCAUACGCUUUGGCUUCUGAAGCCUCUCAGAGGAGCAAGGAGGUAGCAGCCAAAGCAGUAAGUGAACACUAACAUAAGACUCCAAGCAAAUCCCACCUAGUGACGCUGCGGGGAAGGAAGAGGAGAUUGAUUCCCAGCUUUCUGUGAAGAUAUUCAUCGGCUGAUGACACGUUCUUCUGAGAAUUCAGAGAAUAAUAGGGGGAUUUUCUAUGAAAAUGAAGAGAAUCGCAAAUAAUUUUAUUUUGACUUCAGUUUAGUUCAGACUUUUUAUAUGAAUAAAUGGCACUUUUAAUAAACUCUGUAAAAUACUGACAAUGUAUUUUUAGGACAAUGUAUUUUAGAACUUUUUUAAAUCAAGGGCUCACUUCAUUUUAAGAAAAACUACUUGCAUAGAUGUUAAAAGAUGCUGUUACUUCCCCCUCAGGCUCAGAUGCACAAUGUAAAGUUACAUGAAGAAAAUGCACAUUUGAACAAGCCUAGAAGCACAUUCAUAGGGUGUGGGUAGAGCUAACGCCAGUCAGACGUUUGCUGAGAGGGUGGUUUGGAUUGAAUAUGUUUGUAGAGUUCACCACCCACCCUUUUGCCCAUUAAACGCUACAUUGCAAGGAACUUGUAGCUUGAAUUUCUAAGUAUCGGUAACCACCGUAUAGCUGAAAUUUUCCACAAAAGCCAUAAUGAAAGCCAGUUUUAACUCCCAUUCGCUUUUUUGAUCCCAUAUGAUUAACUUGCUGGUAUCAGUACCCAGUAUGUAGGUUGCUCUUGACAGUAGUGCUGUCCCCUCAGUAACACACAGCUAACAAAUUUUAUUUUUAUUUUUUUGAAAGUUGAGAUGUGGAAGAAGAGAACUUUUAAGUAAAAUAUGUGAACUAAGCAAUAAAAAGUAUAAUAGGAUAUGUCAUUUUACUAGUAAAUAUGUAUUUUUCUUCUGAUUUUUUUCAAUAAGCAUUACAAUAUGAUGUAUUGACUAGUAUUUAUCCUAGAAACAGCAAAACUAAUGUAAUGUGGCACCUGCUAAUUUCAUAUGUAUGUUCACCUGGUGCUUAACUUUGCCAAACUUUGAAAUUCAGUGUUUUACUUAUGUAAAGGGCAAAGGGUGAGGUAAUUACAUAAGGAGAAAAGAAGAUUAAAUGAAUUGCUGCAAGUACUUUACUUGAAAAAAAGGCUGUGUACGCAUUGAAUGCAAGACAUGCAAAAAUUUCCCACCGUGUAAUUAUUAGUUGAGUACAGCUCUGGAUGAGAAAUGACCGAGAAAUAUUCCUGCAGUAUUUUGUGAAACCACUAAGUUGUUCAUUUGCUGUAUUCAAGUAAUAGCUACAAAACCCUCGAAAUUGACCUUCAAGUUUCAGACUUUAAGACAAAUCAUAUUAUAUUAACACUAUACUCAGAAAUAUUCUUAAAAGUAUAUAUUUAGCUAAUGCAAUCUAUUUUACCUCAAUACUGCCAGUAUCAACUUCAAAACCUUUUGCCAAAAUAAUGAUUUAUUUUUGCCUUUAUAAAAAGUUUUGAAAGCAUAAAUGAAUAUUUUGCAAGAAAACAUUAAUUUAAGUAAAAUGUAACCGUUUGGAAAAUGGUAUAUGUACAGAUUAAAAUAUUAACCUAAUUGCUUCCUAUUGCCUCUGUCAUGUCUACUCUCUUAUUGGUGUCCAUGUGGCUGAAAAUCUGGAGUCGUUUGUGGUGUUACCACAUUUUGCUCUUCUUUGGUUCAAAUUCCAUCGAAGUCCAUUUGCACUCGCUUCACUGGGAUUUGGAUCAGGUUCCCCCUGUACCAAAGCUUCAGUUUUAUUUUCUUUUUGCUUUUAGAAAUGUUUUUUUAGCAUUUGAUGAAAUCUGCCUUUAUUCUUGAAUAGAAAGGUUUUCCAGGGCUGUCUCCUAAACACAAUGACUACAGUACUGUCCUUCCUAUCUUUUAGAUGCGUAUGUUUGCCUGACAGUCUUAGCCCUUUAGUUUCUGGUGAAAUAAAGUAUCAAAAGUAACUUCCAUUUAAAAACGAAUAAACAAGAAACCUGGAGGCAUCCCGUAGUAACAGGCACAGUGUGUGAAUGGGGUAUUGACCAAAGAGAGGGUUGGUGGGCAACUGGCAAAGCAGAUUUCAGUAGCCGUUAACCAGCAGUGAUUUACACUAUAGCAGUGUAAUGACAUCAGUUGACAGGCAUCCCUCAAAUGACAUCAGCUUGAUGGAGACCAGUGGAAAUGUUUAAUUCCUCUGAAACUUAAUCUCUAGAACAAAACGUAAGGAAGCAGUCAGAAGUAUUUCUGUGGCUUCGCGUUGACUCUGCGAACUCGAGAGCAAAUAUUUGAGAAUGCGAGUACUUGACCUUCAGGUGCAGAAAUUCAGAGCUGAGCUGCUUACGGCAUGCUCCUCCUGUUUCUCAGGCACACAAAGGGGCCUUUGACCGCGUUUGGUGGUUGAGCGAAACGGGCGUUCUUUCUCCAGAGGCUUUGUUAAGCAGGAGGGAAGAGCAUGUGGCCACAAUUGGCGGGGGAAGAGCAGAGCCCGUGGGAUCCCAGCCCGCAGUGGCCACUGACUCUGAAUUCCGUCUGCUCCCCAGCAGUGAAGGCAAAGGGAUGCAGGCGCUUUGGCUCUGCAGGUUGUGGGAGAUGUUAAUUUUCUUUCCUUUGAUCACACGCACAAAAUCUGCUCAUUCAGGCAUGCAUAAAGGAGAAGGAUCUUGCCCUAAGUAAUUACACCGUUAAUGUUUUUAACAAAACUAGUCUUUCUAAAGAUUUUGGUCUGUGUCCAUAGUUAAUCUCAUAUUUGGGAAAAAAAUAAGUCAAGAUAACUUUUCUUUCAAAACUUUUUAUGAAAUACAUGAAAUGCUGUUCUCCAGUGACCAUUUUUUUUUUUCAGGGCUAGGUGUAUUUAUUUAAAUUAUUGGGACUAAUUUUCAUAUGCAUAUAGUGUUUGGUUUGGGUCAAUUUCCUUUUUCAGUCCUGUUUCUUUUAAUCAAAAUCCUGUUUUGUAGGUGUUACUUACUGUUCGAAUAUUAAGACUAGAAAUAAAUGAUGUCUACUUGCAGAUCAAUAUAGUUUUGGUCACAAAGUGGCUUUUUUUCUCUGCCUAUUA